UUUUUUUUUUGCAACAGCCAUGAAGAAAUUUUCAGGAUAUAACAGCCCAUACCCUUCCAAGGGCAUACGAACAAGGACUCUGAUGGUCGUCGUCUUUAUCGUCUUCAUCUCUGCCUGGACCCUUCUCAGUAGUGUUGAUCUAAUUGAUCUUAAUUAUAAUAACAAAAGCACCAUCACUACCUCUAAUACGGGCCUUGAACAUCAACAACAACAACAACAACAACAACAACAACAAAAACAGCAGAAAGAUCAACAGCAUGAUCACAAUGUCAAUCAAGAAGAAGAUACAUUCCCGUCUCUCGAAGAGCUUCAGCCUCCUGUUUCCCUCCUUGAUCCCAAUACCAAAUAUUUUUCUUAUCUACCCUUUGCAGGCCUGACAAAUCAAUUCAUGGGUUUGCAAACGGCGGCGUUCAUUGCUCAGAAACUUAACCGAACAUUGAUUCUCCCGCCGAUCAUCUCCAAUACACACGAUCACGAUAAUACACACCAACGGUGGUCGCGCUACUUUGAUUUAGCAAGAUUCACUCAGUUGACGGGCGUUUCUGUACUGGAGUGGGAUUUUGUAAGACCACUGACAUCAGCACAACGAAAAGUGGGUCGGGUUCGUUCGCUUCUGAAACGUCCUAAUUAUCAUCCACCCCAGAAUGCGAUCAAAGCCUGGAAUCUAAUUGCAGAAAACCUAACCUGCCACAUCAUUUACGGUUACGGCGGCCCCGAGAGAGUCAUCAACCAUUCCGGUUGGAACUUUGCUACCCAUUUCCUGUACAAUCUCGUCGUCAAGGACCCUUUACCUCGAAGACCGGACAUGCCGAUCUAUAAUCGGACGUUAGUCGAUGGGGAGACUAAAGGGUUAGAUGAGCUGGUGGUGAUGGACGAUAUCCUGGCAAGGUAUCAAGACUUUGAGGAUCAACUCUUGAUGUUCACCCAUACCUUCAAGAUCAAGGAUUUUGGACACAAUCGAUCGGAUCGGAUCUGGAUGAAUAUCGGAAGACAUAUUCAUUAUGUACCAAAGUUGAUGGAGUAUGCAGCCGCUCGAGUCAAUGAUGUGCUCAAACAAGAUCGUGGGGUUGAGGCAGUACCAAAUGAUGAUCCAGAAGAGAAGGAAGAUCAGAGUAGUGAAGAAGGAGGAUCAUCAUCAUCAACAACAACUCAAGAGCCUGUCAACAAUAAUACAGACGCAACAGAAUCAGGCGAGACCUUCAAUCCUGCGAUAGCCAACAUCAAGGCACCUUCGACUCGGAUCCCACAUAUUGCAGUGCAUAUGCGACGAGGUGAUAUCUGGACAAAAUGCAAUGAUCGAAAUCGGGAAAGAUGUAUGGUCCCAAUGGAACGUUACAUCAAUGCGGUGGCUCGUGCACAGACCCAUGCUGUCACCCAGAAGGGAUUUCAUUCGAAGUUACCGGUGGUGGUAACAACGGAUACGACUUCGGAAGGGGAUCUGGCCAUGUUGAAGAAACUGGGAUGGCAUCGAAUGGAGCAUGAUGAAUAUGGAACCACAGAAUUAUGGGGAUCCUUCGGGCCUGCGAUGGUGGAUGCAGCCAUUUUAGUACAGGCAGAUGAGUUUGUUGGUUCCCCAGCCUCGACUAUGACAAAGAUUGCAGCCAAACGACAAAAAUCUUGGUAUGACCGGGAUGCUAUCCUUCCCUAGUAGAAGGGAAAAAAAAGUUUUCUCUCUUUUUUUAAAAGAGACUGUUUAUAGAUAUUUUUCAAUCAAUGGUAUAACCCUUGUAUAUUUUUUUUAAAGUCUUUUUUUUCUCCAAUGAGUUUUCCUGUUUUGUAAAAUAUUUUUUUUUUUUAUAAUAAAGUAGAGAUGAUCGUGAAG